ACGGCAGAUGGGCGGCACGAAAUCGCACAGUGGAUGAGUUAAAAAAAAAAAAAAAACUUCCUGGAUGACAUCCAAGCCCUAGGCCCUUAAAGCCACACCUGAAUUCAGUGUGCAUUUUGCGCCUAGGCCUCUCUUCCUCAAUGUAACUUCUAGGUAAUAGUAAAGAGAGUGGAAGUAAACACAGAAUCUUCCCUUCACUCCUUCCCAGUAGAAGUAAUAAAGGAUUCAAAUGCAAAAAAAGACUUUUUUUUUUUUCAUUUCUGCAAAGCCCCGUUGUUUUUCGCAAAGUUAGGCGUUCCAAGCCAGCGGAGUAACACACUAAUAUCUUGUCUUUUAAAAAAAAAUUCCGUGGAUACUAAUUGGUCUAACUCUAAGUCUCCUCCUACCUCCUUCCGCUACCAUUAAUGGGAUUGUUUCAGAAAUUGUACCCUACCUUCCUGAACUGCUAGAUAUAUUACGAAUCCUGGAAUAGAGACUAGUAAAGUACCUUGAAGUCGACACCAAUUAGAAUUAAAUUUUAAACUAAUCCCCGGGGCUGCAGGCUGCUCAGUGAUUAAAGGCUGCUCUUACAGAGAAUUCCAGUUCAGCCUCCAGCAACUAUACCGUAGGGGAUCCGCACCUCUGAUCACAUGCACUCAAGUACACGAACACACCCAAAUAUAAAAAUAAUAUAAAAUUGAGGGAGGGAAGCGCCCCCAAACGGAAAGAGGAGAGUCGGAACUGGCUGUAGUAAGUUCCCACCCGGACGCAUUUUUCUGAUCUCAGGAAGUGGGGUUGUGUGACUCCAGUCGCCGGAAGUUCUCUUUCUGGUUGAAUUUGUUAUUCAGAUCUUCCGCCGCGUGUUGGUGGCAAUCCUUAAUCCGCAUCACCUGCCGACUCUAGGCUUCAGCCUAACACUUUCUUUAAAUACUACCCAAUUGGAAAACGACGUUGUACGGUGGCUACGGAGUUCUAAAAGGUAUACAGUUAAUAUUUGUAAACCAUGGAGUUACCUUGCCUGGUUCACAACUAAGCUAUAUUUGUGGCUGCUAUCAUUAUUCACCUUUGCUUCAAAUUCAGCUAUCCUGCUCAGCUGCAAAAUAUAUUAAUCAGCACUGCAUCUUCUGGAACAAGACUGAAUAGAGACCAGUAUGCUUCACUUUAUCCAGAAAUUUUCUGGAGCCUCUUCAAAGCUGCUGAAGUACCCUUUUACAGUGAGACUCAGAGCCAGCAGAAUAGAUGGACUUUCUCGCAAGACAUCGUUUCAGCAGAACCUUUCCCCUUUGUCGCCAAGGACUUGGCUUUCGACAUCAUUUCAAGUGUGUAUGAACAACAUACAAUGCUAUCAUGCAUCACCAUGCAACUUUAAAAGACAGCAGAAGGAAGCAGUUGUUCCCUCCAGGGCACCAAGCACCAUCACUUAUCUACCUGAUAGCCCAAAACCAGCAUUGUAUGUAAGUCUGGCGGGGUUAGUCCCCUUUAUUGCUCCACCACUCACCAUGGUCAUAACAAAGUCUUAUAUCCCCAUAUUAGCGUUUACUCAGUUGGCUUAUGGAGCCAGUUUCGUAGCUUUCUUGGGAGGGGUUAGAUGGGGCUUUGCCCUGCCAGAAAGCAGUCCAGCCAAACCAGACUACAUUAACUUAGCUAGUAGUAUGAGUCCUCUUCUGUUUUCAUGGGUAGCUGUCCUUUUUUCUGAAAGACUCAGUGAAGCCACUGUCUUAGUAAUAAUGGGUUUAGGUAUAGCAUUACACAAUGAACUUUUCCUCUUGCCACAUUAUCCCAACUGGUUCAAAGCCUUGAGGAUAGUAAGUACUUUAGUGGCUUUUUUCUCAUUUGUAGUCACUUUAAUACUUAAAAGUAUUUAUCCAGAAAAAGGGCCCAAAAGCUUUUUUGAUGUAGAAAAAUAAAACCACUUUGCUGUGGAAUAAUCCUUCUGUACACUCUGAAGAUGUGUUGCUCUCAUUGUUAAUAAAGAGUUGAUUGGCUGA